UUCUACCAUUGACUCAUGCUGUUUUACCUACAUAAGGUUUCUUCACGCAUAGAACAACUAAUUCGGUUCCUGUACUAUCAAUACAGCGGUAUUUCCUUCUGUGAGCUAGAUCAACCUGUCCGUCGGUUAUUUACACCGGUAUAUAAACAAAGACAUUGCAUCACAUUUGGAGUGAACAAUAAAGCGAUGAAAACUUCAAAGUGCACUCAUAAAACUUGUGAUCACUGUAAAAAUCUCUCCAAUCCUCCAAAUUAUUCGGAAGACGAAUACGAUUAUCUAGCUAAAGUUGUGUUGACUGGGGACAGCGGUGUAGGAAAAACCAAUCUUCUGUCCAGGUUCACCCGGAAUGAGUUUAGCUUGGAGAGCAGAAGUACAAUUGGGGUGGAAUUUGCUACCAGAAGCGUUCAUAUAGACGGAAAGACAUUGAAGGCCCAGAUCUGGGACACAGCAGGUCAAGACCGGUACAGAGCUAUCACAAAUGCAUAUUACAGAAAAGCUGUGGGUGUGGUCUUCGUCUAUGAUAUUGCAAAACGACUAACUUUCGACAACCUAGAUAAAUGGUUGAAAGAGGCCCGCAACUUUACGGACGAUGACGUCAUUUUGAUGUUAGUCGGAAAUAAAACCGAUCUACGUCACCUGCGAGCCGUGUCAUCACAGGAAGCCCGGAGUUACGCAGAGAAAAACAACAUGUCGUAUAUCGAGACAUCGGCACUGGACUGUACCCACGUUGACCUGGCAUUUCAGAGUAUUCUAAAAGAAAUUUACUCGACGAUUUCACAGAAGGGACUAAAAGAUGAUACAGGUGGAUUUAAUCUGCCCAGUGUUGUGGAUUCCAUGGACAUAGGAAUCACAGAAACUGAAGAGAAGCGGAAGUGUUGUGUUGUUAUGUGAUCAAAUACAUCGUACUUUACUUAACCGACAUAACCGCCAUUACCGUCAACAACAUUAUUAUCACCGUCAUCAUCAUCCACAUCAUCAUCUUUGCAUUCCAAUUUAAUUUGUUUUCAUUAUAUAGAUAUGAUUUGAAGCUUGUUGUUGUGUUUUUAGAUGAUCAUUACAUUAUACAGUUUAUGAUCUGCAUGUACAUGUAGCUUUAAAGUUUUGAAUGAAACAUUCAUGUUGACUUAUUGUUAUUUCGUAGUUGUGUUUGUGAUAUUUCGAAAGGAAAUAUCUUCUUUGCUAAUAAAAGGCUUUAUCAAGA